AACUGCUGGGCCAAUAGUUGUGCAGCGCGCGGGACCCCGGUAGUGAAGGUUGGGCUGCCAAGGUGCCAGAGCGCGGGAGUUAGCGCGGCGGAGCCAUGGUCGGCCAACUGAGCGAGGGGGCCAUUGCGGCCAUAAUGCAACAAGGAGAUACAACCAUAAAACCCAUCCUCCAAGUCAUUAACAUUCGUCCCAUUACCACAGGGAAUAGUCCACCCCGCUAUCGACUACUUAUGAGUGAUGGAUUGAACACUUUAUCCUCUUUCAUGUUGGCAACACAGUUGAACCCUCUUAUUGAGCAAGAACAAUUGUCCAGCAACUGUAUUUGCCAGAUUAACCGAUUUAUUGUUAACACUCUGAAAGAUGGAAGGAGAGUAGUUAUUUUAAUGGAAUUAAAAGUUUUGAAAUCAGCUGAAGAAGUUGGAUUAAAGAUUGGCAAUCCAGUGCCCUAUAACGAAGUGUCUAUGGAAUCUGUGGUGAUCUCACCUCUCGUUCCCGAUAUUGGACAUGGGCAGCAGCAAGUAGUUCCGUCUCCAGUCUCAGCAGCCAGUCCAGCAACCAACAAGCCCCAGCCACAGAAUGGGAGCUUGGGAAUGGGUUCCACUGUUUCCAAGGCUUAUGGUGUCUCAAAGACAUUUGGAAAAGCUGGAGGUACCAGUCUCUCGAACACUUCUGGGGGCACACAGGCCAAGGUGGUGCCCAUUGCCAGCCUCACUCCAUACCAGUCCAAGUGGACUAUUUGUGCUCGUGUAACCAACAAAAGUCAGAUCCGUACCUGGAGCAAUUCCCGAGGAGAAGGGAAGCUUUUCUCUCUAGAACUAGUUGAUGAAAGUGGUGAAAUCAGAGCUACAGCUUUCAAUGAGCAAGUGGACAAGUUCUUUCCCCUUAUUGAAGUGAACAAGGUGUAUUAUUUCUCAAAAGGUACCCUGAAGAUUGCUAACAAACAAUUCUCAGCUGUUAAAAAUGACUAUGAGAUGACCUUCAGUAACGAGACCACUGUCAUGCCCUGUGAAGAUGAUCGUCAUUUACCUACAGUUCAGUUUGAUUUCACAGGGAUUGGUGACCUAGAGAGCAAGCCCAAAGACUCACUUGUAGACAUAAUCGGGAUCUGCAAGAACUAUGAAGAUGCCACUAAAAUCAUAGUGAAGUCUAACAACAGAGAGGUUGCUAAGAGAAAUAUCUAUCUGAUGGACACUUCAGGGAAAGUGGUGACUGCUACUCUGUGGGGGGAAGAUGCUGAUAAAUUUGAUGGCUCUAGACAGCCUGUGAUGGCUAUCAAAGGAGCCCGAGUUUCUGAUUUUGGUGGACGGAGCCUGUCUGUACUGUCUUCAAGCACUAUCAUUGUGAAUCCUGACAUCCCAGAGGCCUAUAAACUUCGUGGAUGGUUCGACUCAGAAGGACACGACUUAGAUGGUGUUUCCAUCUCUGAUCUCAAGAGUGGAGGAGUAGGAGGGAGCAACACCAACUGGAAAACUUUAUAUGACGUUAAAGCAGAGAACCUGGGCCAAGGUGACAAGGCAGACUAUUUUAGCUCGGUGGCAACAGUGGUGUUUCUUCGCAAAGAGAACUCUAUGUACCAGGCCUGCCCGACUCAGGACUGCAAUAAGAAAGUGAUUGAUCAACAGAAUGGAUUAUACCGUUGUGAGAAGUGUAACCGUGAAUUUCCCAAUUUCAAGUACCGCAUGAUCCUGUCAGUAAAUAUUGCAGAUUUUCAAGACAAUCAGUGGGUGACUUGUUUCCAGGAGUCUGCUGAAGCCAUCCUCGGUCAAAACACUGCUUAUCUGGGGGAACUGAAAGACAAGAAUGAACAGGCAUAUGAGGAAGUUUUUCAAAAUGCCAAUUUUCGAUCUUUCACGUUCAAGAUCAGGGUCAAACUAGAGAACUACAAUGACGAGUCUCGAAUCAAGGCCACGGUGAUGGACGUGAAGCCUGUGGACUACAGAGAAUAUGGCAGAAGGCUGAUCACAAACAUCAGGAGAAACUCAGUAAUGUGAGGAGAGUAGCACUGAUUGGGCAGAAGUUGGCAAAUAAAGAUCCCAGAUGGAAUCGAUUUCUUCCCACCCCUGUGUGAUAAUCCCACAUUAGCUACACCGUGCAGAGAGCCUCUUUAUGGUGGACUCUAAGCAAUUUCCUCUCUUGUGUGCGUCUCGCAACCCACUGGUAGGCAAAGGAAAAUAUGCUGGAUGGCUGUGGUAUAUAAGCUGUGUCAGGCCUAGGGGGUCGGCCAGCAGGUAGUAUAGUACCACUCUCUGUCUUUCAGACUUUCGUUAAUUUUAUUAAGACUUCAUUAUCAUUACGCAGGAAUUAUGUCGCAAGUAAUUGACCCUAACUGCAGACAGAGAAAUAAAUUAUGUAACUAGGAUUUUGUUUGUCCGAGUGGUGACAACUUCACGACUUGGGUUGCUUCUUGCGGGGAGAGCUGAGAAGUGGCUGUGGGGAACCUGGGUAUUUUAGUAAGUGUGUCUUCCUAGAAUUCAAAGGCACUCUCUUUGUAGAGGUGCCACAUAGUUGUUAAUGCUUGGAAUGGCAAUAGCAUAGAAUUAUUAAUCAAAGGCAUAUCUUUUAUAUCUGAAGAAUAUCCUUCCUUCAGGGUUUAAUAGACUGAGUCAGAUGGGUCUGAUAUUAAUCAAAAUUGUCUCUUCUGAGGACGGCUGAUAAGCAUUGACUUGCUGUCCCCUAGGGACAUCCAGGCAACUACAAAGCAUUGCUUUAGUUUUCACUUCAAUUAAUGUUACAUUUUGGUGAUGGAUGCACACUUUUUCUACCUGUACAUACUUCUUGCAUUUGUAUGUUUCAUUUCUUGACUAAAGCUGUGUUAAAUAGAAAGGAGUUUGAAGGGAGAGGCCCUUUGUUUCCCUUACUUUGUUUUAAUAAACAGUAUAUUCUUUGUGAA